AUGAAAGUUACCAUUAAGAAUGCGGGCAAAUCCUACGAGUUUGACGUCGGUGCCGAGGACACUGGCUUCAACUUGAAGCAAAAGAUCCACGAGAAAACAUUGAUCCCGCCGCAGAGACAGAAGAUCUUGGUGAAAGGCGGCAAGCUCAAUGACGAUACCGUGUUGUCGACGUUGGACUUUAGCAAGCCCGUGAUGGUUUUGGGCACCCCGGACAAGCUUUCGGCUCCCGUUGAGAAGCCCAAGUUCCUUGAAGACAUGGGAGAUGUCACCAAAGUCGAUAAUAACCCCGUGGGAAUACCCAACUACGGCAACACGUGCUACCUCAAUUCGAGUUUACAGACGCUUUUCCAGAUUGAAGAUUUGAAAAAUAAAGUGGAUGAGUUUAGAGGCACCGACAAUUUAACGCUAUCCUUGAAGAAUCUUUUCCGGCAGAUGGAGAAGAAGCAAGGCUCGGUGAAUGUAGGAGUGUUUUUAACCAUUUUCAGAAAUUUGUAUCCGCAGUUUGCCGAGCAGAGAAAUGGGGUUUUCAGUCAACAGGAUGCAGAAGAGGCCUUUUCUCAGAUUUUGUCGACGUUAAAGAGCACUUUGAAACUCGAUGAUUUGUUUAGAAUCGAGUUCAAGACCACCAUCAAAAGCUUGGCGGAUGCCGGUAACGACAACGAUAACGACGUCACUUAUGAAGUGGAAGAUAGCUUCAAGCUCAACUGCCACAUUGACAUCAAGACCAACUUCCUCCGUGACGGGAUAAUAGGCGCUUUGACGGAGACCAUCACUAAGCACAACAGUUCGCUAGGCACAGACACGGAAUACCAAGUGUCAAAGAGUAUCUUGAGAUUGCCCAAGUUCUUGGUGGUGCAUUUCAUCCGAUUCUUUUGGCGACGCGACAUCAACAAGAAAUCGAAAAUCUUGAGAAAAGUGCAGUUUCCCUUUGAGUUGGACUUGUCGGAUGUUCUCGAUGACUUCAUCAAGGAGGAGAAAAACAAGAACCGAGACUUGAUUAGAAAAGUAGAAAAGGAUAAUUUAGACUUGAAGAGAGAUUUGAAAAAGGCCAAGAAGCAGCAAGUCGACUCACCCGAAGAUGAAGAGUUGAAAGUCGCUUCCAUCAAGAGCAAAUUCCACGAUGAUUUGAAAAGCGCCAUGCCCGACGUUGACUUUGAAAACACCACAGAGAACCCUUCGUGCGUGUACGAGCUCAAUGCCGUGAUCACUCACAUGGGAGCUAGUGCCGACGGCGGCCACUACAAGGCGUACGUGAAAGACCCCCAGGAUUUAGAUGGCGAGAAUUGGUGGCUUUUCAAUGAUGACAAAGUGAGCUCUGUCUCGAGAGACAAGAUCGAGACAUUAUCGGGAGGCGGAGAAAGCGACUCGGCUUUAUUGUUAAUCUAUAAAGGAUUAGGAUUAUGA